AUUCUGGAGCGCUCUCUGGCGAGCGACACUGGUGGUGUGGCUCGCUAUAUCCACAAUCACAACCUUCUGGAGGUGCUACUCAAGGCGGUGAUACAGUACGAGGUGGAUUCGGGGGACUCGCACCAUGUGCUGCUGCUCGUCAACGCCCUCAUUGAGUGCCUGCGCCUCGCCUUCCGCCCAGACGCGGGCCCUGUGAAGCUGAAGGAGGACUUUCGCUCUCUGCGGGGCUACUUCUGGCUGGGGCAGCUCGUGCUGAAGCUCACCUUCGCAGCUGACACACCAGCUGACCCCACGCCCGUAGCCCAGCUCCACAACUCGCCCUCCCCUCUCCUGCAGCAACCCCCGCUCUCCCCCGCCCCGUCCCCGCUAGCCCCUCUCCCUGGCUCAGGCCCAGACCCAGAUGAAGCUGCAAGGGAGGGCACGCCGGAGGACGCAGAGAAAGGGGAAACGGGCGAAGGGGAGGAUGGUGGGGAGAAGGAGAGGGAAAAACCAGGAGGGUCGAGCCCAGAGGAGGCAGUGAAGCCUGCAGAGCCAGCAGUACCGUCUUCCCUAGUAAAGCUACUCGAUGCUCUUGUAUCCAUGGCACAGACUGUUGGUGGCGACCCUCCCCGCCUGCACACCACAGGCACCCGCCCCUUCUUCCGGUCCCCGUCGGGCCGGCAGAAGGACCUGUCCAACCUGCCAGGCGCGCAGGUGAAGUCGCUAGAGUCUCUACGGGUUAGAGAUCCCGACGCAGUGCUCGUGCUGCAGAAUGUUUUCCUGGAGACGAACCAGCUGCCCGUGCAGCUGCUGGUGCUGGAGCGCCUGCAGAACCUCUACGCGUUCUUCCCUGAGAACUACUCGGUUAUCCAGGAGCUCAAGACGUUCCAGAUGCUCAUCCGCAACAUAGGCCAGUACCCCCGCAUGCUGCAGGAGCAGCUGCUCAAGGUCCUAGAAUACACAGUGAUAGUCCUCAACAUAGUUCCAGAGCAGGAGCUUCUAGCCCUCUGCAUCGAGCUCCAGAAGCCCGUACCCACGUCUCUCUCGCGCUCCGCGCUCAUAUUCUUCAACAAGCUCUUAUCCUUCGAGCAGAACUUUGUGGAGGUGCUGCGGGACGUGGGGCUCGUGGACAUCCUAGUCACAGACCUCAGGAAGUGCUCGCCGCCCGAGUCCACGCCCGUGCUGGCUGAUGGCUCCGUCCCCUCGGUCUUCUUCACGCCGCAGUCCUCAGCUGCUGCUUCGCUCGCUGCUGCUGGUGGUGGUGGUACGCAGGGAGGUGCUGGAGGGUCCGACUCCCCCUCCUCCUCGGCCUCCUCGCGUUCCUUCCCUCAGUCACCUUCGUCAACGUCCUCCUCGUCUUCUCACCUCUCUCUCCCUGCCUCUGCUGAGUCUGGUGACUACUCGCACUCCCAUCCCCACCCGCACAACCAGCCACCCAUGUCCCGUGUCAUGAAGAGCCGUAUGGAUGCCAUGCGCGCGUCCUUGGGCCGGCGUCUCUCGUCCGAUUCAAUCGGCGGCAUGGGCCCGGGCGGCGGCAUGGGUGCAGCGCAGUCGUAUUUCUUUGACGAGGAAACCACGUGUCAGGCAGCGUGGGAGUGUCUGCUGGCGCUCAUGACGCACAGCCCCGCGAACCAGAAGGUCCUCAGGCAGAAGCGCGGGCUGCAGACGGUGCUGCCCCUGCUCGCGUCCUCCCGCCACCGCCCCUUCGCCCUGCGCCUCCUCACUAUCCUCAUCUCGGAGGAUCUGGCUCAGACCAAUCCGGACGAGGUGGCUGGGCUGGUGCAGGUGGCGCGGAGGGGAGUGGCAGGGUCGCCAGGAGGCAGGAUGUGGCGCCUGGACAUAGCAGCGCGCACCGAGGUGCUGUGGACGCUGUCCCACGUGCUGUCUGCCAACCCUGCAGUGCAGGAGACGUUCCUCAAGGUCGAUGGCUUCUCGCUCGGCCUUGCUGUCAUUGCCAGCAUCAAGGGCUCCAGCUCCCUUGACUCCACCACCUCAUCUAAGCCUGCUGCUGCUGCUUCUUCUGCCGCUUCUCCUUCCGCUGGGAAGCCGCCUGUGAAGGGAUCUACUGGAGCUGCUGCUUCUGCUGCGGCUGGGGCAGCUGCGACCGGUGCUGCAUCGGCUGCAGCAGCAGGGUCGGCGUUAUCGGUGGGGGUCGUGGGGAAGGGGUCGCCAGUGGCGGGGCGGUACCAGAUGAUGAUGUCCAAGGCCGCCCAGCUCGCAGACCUGGGCGAAACGCCCCUCGCGCUCAAGUUUGAGUUUGUCGACGCGCUUCUCAGCGUGCUGCUGAGAGCGGUACGGGCCAACCCCGCAGGCCGCCUGGCCCUGCGGCGGAUGCUCAAACCAGAGGAGUUUUCCCGCCAGCUGCCCCACACGGGGCUGCUCGCCCCGCCGUACGACGUGCGGCUGAUUCGCUCCCUGCUGGAUCUCGCCACAGAAACCCUUCGCAGCACCAGCCUGCCGCAGGUUCUCGUGCCCUCGUCCCCCUCGCCCACGCCUGUGAAGGGAUCGCAUGCCACUCCGCACUCGGGGCAUGAUGACAGGGGGGUGGAGAGUGAAGCGGGCGGGUCAGCAGGAAGGCUGUCAGGGAAGGGGUUCGGGAGGAGGGAGAGCGUUGGGGAAGGGGCGAGCGGGGGUGCAGGAGGGGGUGGGAGCCCGUGGGGGCCGUGUGAGUGGGUGGUGGAUGAGGUGGGGGUGGUGCGGGACAGGGAGGGCGUGACGGUGCACAAUGCAGUGGUGGUGCAGAUGCUACUGGACUCGCUGCAUCUGCUCGCCACCCCCACGGUCGAGCGACUGCUGGCCGCUGUGCUGGUGCUCGCCAAGCUCUCGCCCCGCAAUGCAGAGGCGUUCAGCAGCAUUCACGUGGUGCAAGUGCUGCUGGAGCUCUUCAUUCACAAGUCGCACACCCUUGCAGAAGGAACCAUCGACACCAUUCUCGAGACCGUUGAAAUUGUUGGCACCUUCAGGAUCUCCCCCACGGAGCUACGGCUCAUGGCAUUGCGUCUACGGCAGCCAGCAGACGCGCCGCACGACCCCAUGGGGCAGCGCUUCCUGCGCAUGCUCUGCCGCAUGGCCGCCGCCUCCUCCGGCUCCGCACAGAGCGUGGCCGUCUCCUCCUUUGCCGACCUCAGCAUGCGCCGCGUGGGGUACGCGGGCGCACAUGCUAUUAUAGGCGAGCGCCCCUGGCCUCCCGCCGGGGGGUUCUCCUUCGCGUGCUGGCUCCGGUUCACAGGGCUGCGGAGUGAUGGGGAUGAUGGGGAGAGCGACGAGGAGAGUGAGGUGCGCGCGAGGCUGAGCUUUGGGUCGCAGCGAGGCGGGAGUGAUAACGGCAGGAUGGGCCGGGCCAGACGGUUGCAGGUGUUUACUGUGGCGCCCGCAGGAGAGCCCCACGAGUGCUGCGCGGAGCUCUUUAUUGAUGAGGACGGGGUGAUUACCUUGGCUGCUAACACCAACUCGGGUGCGGGUGGAAGUGGGAGUGCGGGCGGGUCGGUCACUGCAAGUGCGUCUGGUGGCAGCGGCAGCGGCGGCGGCAGCAGCGGCACGAGCAGCAGCAAGGUGCGGUUCUCAAACGUGCAGCUGAAGGAGGGCACGUGGCACUUCAUAACUGUGGUGUUCCGGCAGCCAUCAGCCCUGUCCGGGUUCUUCCAUGUGGACUCCGCCUCGCUCUAUAUCGACGGACUGCUGCAGCAAACCGGCAAGCUGUCCUUCGCCCCGUCGCCCCAAGGCAAGCUGCUGAGAGUCACUCUAGGCACAGGCAGCGAGGCGGCCUGUGUGAGUCCGCUCACGUGGCAGCUGGGCCCCACUGUGUUGUUUGAGGAAGCCGUCUCGUCCUCUGCUGUGCUAUUCAUGUACCUGCUCGGCCGAGGGUACCGCGGGGUGUUCCAGGACCCGGCCAUUCGCCAGUUCCUGCCUUUGGAGGCCAGCAGCGCCCGUAAUUUACUGCUAGUGGAGCGCAUUGACGCAGAGGCGGCCGCGCAGGGAGGAACCCCCACGGGGCUGUGGGUGAAAGGGGACGACUCGUCCAUCUUCCAUGACAUGGCUGCAGCGGCUGCGAGGGCAGGCGAGGGCGAGCUGUGCCCGGUGGUGUGGGACGCGGAGAAGCCGACAGCGGCGGCAGCGGCGGUGGCGAGCAGGAAGAUCAUAUUCAAGUUUGAUGGGUCCACGGUGGAGCUGGAGGACAAUGGCGAGCCGUGCCCCGCCUCUCUGGCUCGCACCAUGGUCAACCUCGUGGACUUAAGUCAUGGCUCUGCCUCGUCUCUUGGAGGUCCCAAAAUGGCCGCUCUAUUCGGCGACAUUCAGCUAUGCUGCCCCAGCAGCGUAGCCGACGGCCUGCGAGUCAUCGGCGGCAUGGCAGUGCUGCUCGCGCUGCUCGACAUGGCAGACACCUCCGAGCGCCUGCACCUCGCGCUCUCCCUGCUCACCUCCUGCCUGCGUGAGAACCCCCGCAACCAGGAGGAGAUGCGGCGCCUGCGCGGGCACCACAUGCUCGCCAUCUUCCUGCACCAGCGCAUGCCCCUCGUCACUCCCGCCUCCUUCUCCCUCCUGCUCUCCCUCGCCGCGCCCGCCACCCACAAGCCCUCGUCUCUCCUGCUCGCAGCAGACCCCUCUGCUGUUGCUGUAACCGCUGUGAGUGCGGCGUUCGAGGCAGCAGAGGCGUCAGAGGUGGUGCUGUGCAGUCCAGGGCUAGUGGUGCAUGUGCUGCUCGACUGGACCAUCUGGUCCAUCGCCCCUCUGCAACUGCAGCACGAGCUUCUAGACUUCCUUCACCUCGUGGUCACGUGCAGCCGCUUCCGCCGCCACAACGUUGCGUUUCUGAGGCGCCUGGAUGUGGUGCCUCGCCUGCUGCUGGCGCUGCAGCACACUGAGCUGGACCCGGAGGUGGUGAGGAAGCUUGUGGGCGUGCUGGGGGGCGUGCUGGGAGCGGGGUUCCUGCCUGCCGAGACCAAGCAGGUGUCGGAUUUCGUCCUCAUGACCUUCAAGGGGGGAGCGGCAGCAGGGGCGGGAGGGAUGGCAGCCGCGGGAGGAGCAGGAGGAGGAGGAGGAGGAGGAGGCAGUGGUAGCAGGCGGGGCAGGGGAGAUGUCUUUACGGAGGAGCAGCAGCAGCAGCGGCAACGCGGGAUCCGGGGCACCACCACCACGCGCAACGCGCUCCUGGAGAUGCUCAUUCAGCUGCAGCUGCGCCUGGGCCUCACUCCCACAGACGAGCGCCUGGACCUCUGGCAGAGAGCCGUUGCCACCAAAAUCACCACCCUGCUGCUGGACCCCCACCUGCACGAGUCCUCCCUCAAGCGCGUGCUGAUCCUGCUCGCGGACUCCCUGCGCUCGCCCACGCAGUUUGCCGUGAGGUUCCGCCAGGCCGGCGGGUUCUACUCACUGUCGCGCGUGCUGGCGUCGUACCACAGCGAGCCGGAUAUCUUCCUGGUGCUCUUCACUGCGCUCUUUGGCGCUGACCCCAAGCCCGCGCUCACUGACAGGGACGACGUGCGUCUGCUGGACCUGCACGCGCUGCUGCCACUCAAGGCCAGCCCAGGGGAGGACCUCUUGUUCCCUGAGCUCUUAGACUCCGUUCUCGCCAUGCUGCGCGCUGCUUUGCUCUCUGCUGCCUCCGCUGAGACUGCUGAGAAGAAACCCCCCGCGGGUGCAAGUCAGACCGGGUAUACCGGAGAGGGUGGAGCAGAGGGCGAGGGAGACAGGGAUGCGGUGGGUCAGAGUGGGGACUGGAGCGGAGGGGGGAGGCAGGCGCUAGUGGAGCCGUUGAAGCGAGGGCCAGAGGGGGCAGCAGCUCUGGUGGUGGGAGUGCUGCGGUUCUGGCUGCAUGGUGUGCACUGCCCCGGGCCCACUGCACUGGCUGCUGCCACGCGCCGUCCCGAGUGCCUUGAGGGCCUGCUGGACCUCUUCUUUGUCUGCAUUCGGCACUGCGCGGAGGCAGCUCGCAAGGCCACUACACAGGCCCCCUCCCCGCGCCCUUCAUCCCGUGCUCCUCCCCGCAAGGCCUCCCGCACCGCAUCCCUUGAAGCCAUCGCUUCGGGCGGGGACAACGAGGGGGAUGGAGAGGAGGACCAAGGGGGGGUGGAGUGGAAGGACGGACAGGCGGAGGAGGAGGAGGAUGAAGGAGAGGAGGUGGUGAAUCGCGCCGUGUAUGGGCUUGAAGCGGAUAGGAAGGGCGCCCGGGUGCGCCUCUCUGGAUCCGCAGACGCUGUUGUGGGAACUGCAAGUCGGCCUGCUAUCUCUGCGUCCGCUAGUGCGGGUUCUGUGCUAGGUUACACAGGAGGCCAAAUGGGACCGUCAGGGCUGGCAGGGCAGGCAGGGCCGUUGGGAGCUCAGUCCGGGUCGCCUUCCUACAACUCCCCCCUCGCGCGCCACCUCAGCGUUACCGCUGCGUCCAUGAUGACGUGGCUGGGCGGCGCGAGGGAAUCGACGGACGAGAUUGCAUCCAGCGGGUUUUCCUCGCUGGGGAAGACGGGCAGCGGCAAGCUGGAUGGGGAGAUGUUCGGGGCAGGGGGGGACGAGCACGCAGACGGCCUCACAGCCCUCGUUCCAGAGGCUCUCUUUCUCGUGGAUUCAGAGAGCAUGAAAGGGAACGUGGCGGCAGUAGCGGCAGGGAUAGUGCUGGAUAUCAUCGGAGAGGUGGUGGCAGGGGCGCUUCUGGAGGUGCCUAAGAGUGCGGCGCUGCUAGAUGCAGUACAGGACGCAGUGCCAGGGGAUAUCCCUGCUGACGUUGCAGCGGUUUUCACGGGGCAGUGGCUGCAGCGCGUGCUGCUGGUUCUCGAGCGGUGUCUGCUUGCAAGCAGUGUAGAGGCCAGCAAGCUGGAUCGCGCGCGCUGGGGGCCGAAUCUAGAGGCGCUGGCGCCGGUACUCGCGGAUGCUGCCUUCUGCGGGUCGUUUGCGCGGCCCAAGUCGUGCAAGCAGGUGCUGCAAUUCAUGCUGCAGCUGCUCCAGGCUGCCAACACCAACGGGCUGAUAGAAAACGCCCAGCCGGCCACCAGAGGGUUGCUCAUCCGCACUCGUGGUACUUUCCUAGAGCCGUACAUUCUCGCGCUGCUUAAAGCCUGUGGGCGCUUGGUGCUGUACUCGUUCCUGCCUUCGGAUAUGGUGGGGGUGCGUGCGGUGACAAGCGGGGAGGACGGGGAUGAAGUGACAGGGUCGGUGCGAACGAGUGGCACGUAUGCUGCUGAGCCGUGGGUGGGAGAGAGGCGCAUGGUCCCUGCUCUCGAUCCCAGCCUGGACCGAUCAGAUUCUCUGCACUUGCUUCUGGCGAAUCACGGCAUUAUCCUGUCGAGCGUGAGUGUGGAUCUAGAGCUCGUCGCAUGCCUGUGCCAUAACCUCACGUACAUGAUUCUCCAGCUGCCGUCCUCCCAGGCGCUGCCGCCGCAGCAGCAGGGCGGGGGAGCGGGGCACGAGAGGGAGUCGCUGAUUCAGCAGCAGCAGCAGCACGUGGCGUUAGCAGCAGAGGCGUGGAAGGUACUAGUAGCACACCGGGCGAAGGAACUAGAGGACCUACUUACCUUCCGCACGCCGAGAGGCGAUGUAGUGGAUUUAUUUCAUGGGGGGUUUGACACAGUGCUGCAGAACGGAGAGGCGUCUCUGGUGCACUGGCUGGUGGGGUCCCAGGCGCUGGUGGUGGAAGUGCUGGGACAGAAGGCCACGCCUGCCUGGCGCGACGCUGUGCUUGCCGCUGCGCGCGCCGCGGACGGGAGAGUGAAGGUGCUGGAGGUGCGACGGCGGAAGGAGGCGCAGCGGCGGGCGAGGGAUAGCCUGCGGUCGCUGGCGAGGUAUGAGGAGCAGCAGGCGGGGAAUGUGGGGACGGCUGAGAAGGUGCGGUUUGGGAUUGCCAAGGAGCUGCUGGUGAGGCGGCAGGACAAAUUUGGAUGGGUGCUGCAGGCAGAGAGGGAGUGGCAGGGGCAUCUGCAGCAGCUGGUGCAUGAGAGAGGGAUCUGGCCCGCUUGGCCGGGGGGGCUGGACACGAAACAGAGGUCCAAGUGGGGCGAGGAAGGGGGGGAGAAGGAGGGUGAAGGAGGGGACGAGGCGGAGGGAGAGGAAGAGGGAGCGGGGACGCUGCAGUGGCAGCUGUGCUCGACUGAGGGGCCGUUCCGCAUGAGGAAGAAGAUGAGGAGGAGUAAGGUGCAGGUGGACUUGAGGCAGAAGCAGUGCGUGACGUGCAUUGAGCCGGAACCGAUUCCCAUCGUGGAAGGGGCGGAGGAGGAGGCGAGGGAGGCGGAGAGACGCAGCAGGGAGAGCAGCAAGGCCGAGAGCAGCAAGCCGGCAGCAGAGAGCGGUGCUGGGGAUGCGGAGGGGAAAGGCGGGGAGAAGGACGGGGAAGAAGCGGCGAAGGAAGAGGAGGAAGCCGCGGGAGGUGGGAAGGGCAAGGAGGGAGGGGGCAAGGAGUCGUAUCUGCAGCUGUCAGUGAGUGACGGUACCCCUCCUCGCAUAUACCGCGCCCACUCCACCAUGGUUGAUUUGGACGAUGAGGGCGGUAGCUUGGCAGACCUGGUUGCUUCGCAUAUGGAAGCAUUGGCAGAGGAGGAGGCGGAGGAGCAGGGCAAUGAUGCUGUGGGGGAGCCAGCUGGGAAGGAUGAGGGAAAAGGGGGGGCAGCAGCAGGUGGUGCGACUGAUGGCUCCAAGCCUGAUGCAGCGAAGUCCGGGAGGCUGAGCAGCAGUGCAAGUGCUGGUUCUGGUGCUGGUGCUGUUGCAAGCGGGGCGGCUGCAGCGCGGGGGAUAGAGGCGAGCAGCAGUGGCGGCAGCAGCAGCACGGACCCUGCAUCGCGCGGCAGCAGCAAGCGCAUGGGGUACGACCUGGGGGCGGACUGCCUGCGAGGCGGCGCAGGGGGAGGAGCAGAGAGCGAUGACGGGGAGUACCUAAUCCGCCCGCACUUGGAACCCGGGGAGCGGAUUCGCUUCCGGUACAACUGCGACCGCGUGGUGGGGCUGGAUAAGCGGGACGGGAUUUUCCUCAUAGGCGAGCAGUGCCUGUAUGUUAUUGACAAUUACUUUAUCGACAGCACGGGGAGGUUCCGGGAGAAGGAUGCGGAGGGGACGGUGUCUGUGCUGGAUCAGGCGCUUGGGAUGAAGCCGGGGAAGCCGUCAGGGUUCACAGCAGCAGCAUGCGGGGCGAAUCCCAUGAAGAGGCAUGGCGUGGGGCUGUGGAAGCACGAGGAGGUGCAUGAGGUGCUCAAGCGGCGGUACCAGCUGCGGCCCGUGGCCAUAGAGCUGUUCUCCAUGUCGGGAAACAACGAGCUGCUGGUGUUUCACUUGAAUGAGCGCGACGAGUGCUUCAAGAACCUGCAGGCCAUGAACCUGCCUAGGAACAGCCUGCUGGACUCGACGAUAUCGAACGCGACGGAGGCGGCAGAGCCGCACCGGCUGUUCAAGAUGAUGGCCAAGUCGCUGGGCAAGCGGUGGCAGGCGGGCGAGAUCAGCAACUUCCACUACCUCAUGCACCUCAACACGCUGGCGGGCCGCGGGUACAACGACCUCACGCAGUACCCCGUCUUCCCCUGGGUGCUCGCGGAUUACCUCAGCCAGGAGCUGGAUUUGAGCGAUCCCAGCUCGUUCCGCCCGUUGAACAAGCCCAUGGGGUGUAUUACGGCGGAGAGGGAAAAGGAGUUUGUGCGCAGGUACAACACGUGGGACGAUCCGGACAUCCCGCGGUUCCACUACGGCUCCCACUACUCGAGUGCGGGCACAGUUCUCUACUACCUCAUGCGCCUGCCGCCCUUCUCGCGGCAGAACAUGCAGCUGCAGGGCGGGCACUUUGACCACGCGGACCGCAUGUUCUACUCCAUCCAGGAGACGUGGAAGUCUGCUAGCACCGGGCACACGGCGGAUGUGAAGGAGCUCACUCCCGAGUUUUACUAUGUGCCGACGUUCCUGGAAAACCGGUUUAAUCUGGACUUGGGGGUUAAACAGAGCGGGGAAGGGGUGGACAAUGUGAUCCUGCCGCCAUGGGCCAACGGCAGUCCGGAGGAGUUUAUCCGCAAGCACAGGGAGGCGCUGGAGUCACCAUACGUGUCGGAGCAUCUCAACGAGUGGAUCGACCUCAUCUUCGGCUACAAGCAGCAAGGGCCCGCGUCAGUGGAGGCAGUGAACGUGUUCUUCUACCUCACAUACGAGGGCUCAGUGAACAUAGACGCCAUCACGGACCCCUCCACCAAGGCCUCCAUCCUCGCGCAGAUCAACAACUUCGGCCAGACGCCGCGCCAGCUCUUCCUCAAGCCGCACCCCAAGCGCGAGUCCCACCAGCGACCGCCACUCGUCAACUGCCUGCGCUACCACGACCUCGUUCAGAUGGAGGAGUCACGGAACGUGCGCCAGAUGGUCACGCAGAUCCUCAUGGUGAAGGAUAAGGUGGGCGUGUUGGUCGGGAACUCGCUCAUCAAGGGCACGUCGAAUGACCGCCGGCUGCUCUGGGGGUUCCCCGAUGGGAGCCUGAGAGUGGUGUCCACGGAUCAGGAUAAGCUGCUGGCCACGCACGAGGCGCUACACGACAACGGGCCGAUUCAGUGCGCUGCGGUGAGCCGCGACGGGACGUUCAUCGCAACGGGAGGGUCGGAUGGAGUGGUGGCGAUCUGGAGGUCUCUAGGGGAUGGGCCUCCCGGUCGGGGUGCUCCGUCUCAGUCCCAGAGUCAACCCGGGCAGGCGCAGCAGCAGCAGGCGCAGGCGCAGCGGCAGCUGCAGCUGCUGCGGCGAUUGUGUGCGCACACUCAGGCUGUGACGUCCCUAGCCAUGAGCCAAGCGUGGGGGCUCGUAGUGACUGGUUCGAGCGACCACACGGUGAUCCUUUGGGAUCUCAACUCUCUCGAUUUUGUCCGGCAGCUCCCGGUGAUGCCUGCGCCGGUGUCUGUGGUGUAUGUGAGCGACAGCACGGGGGACGUGGUGGUGGGAGCGGGCACGCUGCUGAGUGUGUGGACUGUGAAUGGGGACUGCCUGGCCAAGGUGAACACGUCCCACUCGAUGCUGGAGGCUAUCACGUGUGUGACCACGCCCUCACACUCGGAUUGGAUGGACACGGGGUGGUUUUUGACGGGGCACAGGAACGGGAGCAUCAAGAUGUGGUGCAUGGACUGGUGCGUGCCGGCCAAUGUGUCUGUGAAGAGGGCAGAGCAUGAGACUGUUGGCGGUAGCGGCAGCAUCAGCGGCAGUGGGUAUGGCGGCAGCUUUAAGGAGUCAGGGAGUGGAACGAGUGGGGUGAGUGUCCAGCAGUUGAAUGCGGAAGGCAAGGAGCAGCAGGAGCAGGGGGACAAGGACGAGGGUGGCAGGCAGGCGAACGGAGACGCAGCAGCCGCAACCACACAGCAGCAGCAGCAGAAUCAGAAUCAGUUGGCAGUUGUGCCGGGCCGUGAGCAGCAGACAGGCAGCGGCAGGCGAAGAAGGAAGGUGCUGGUGCCAGGCACGUUUUUUCCACGCGUGGACCCAGAGUGGAAGCUCGUGCUGUGCCGCGAGCUAGUGUGGCACAAGGAGGCAGUCACAGCGCUCUUCCUCACCCCGGAGCUCCGUCAGCUGUUCUCAGGGGACAUUGCAGGGCACAUUGCAUGUUGGGCCAUUCCCGAUGGUGAUGCUGAGAACAUCAUGCUGCAUGAUGCGCAGGUGUCGGUGUGUGCAGGGGCGUGCAGGAGGAGGUUCACAGUGGGAGAGCGGCGCUUUGAGUGUGUGACAUGCAAGAAGGUGGUGUGUGGGCGGUGCGGAGGCAGCAAGAUGCGGGCGUUUGUGGCGAUGCCACGGAUUUCCAAGCAAACGGGGGGGCUGCCGCAAGGCGGGGCGAGACGGGGAGGGGCUAGUAGCAUGCCCCGAUCCACCACCUCUUCUUAG